CAAUCACUUUUUUUUAAUAAAACUUCUUUGCCCUAACAUUAUUGGUGUACAUUGUGCGGUUAAAUUUAGGUGUUUGUAAGGUAAUUUUUUUUAAUAAAGCAAAUUACCUACUCUCACUCGUAAUUAUCCCGAAUCUCCUAGUGCACGAAUGGGCUUGUAAAUUUUCGGUUUUUCAUUAACAAAAUUAUGUAAUUGGCAAUUAAUAUCCGAUGUGUCGAGGAGAAUGAUUUACCUAUACAGCAUUAGAGGCAACGACGUGCAGACUAUGCCAAGGGCUUCCAUUCGAUAGGAUUUUCUUACGUUUUGGUAAUACAAUUUAUUGUCUCAUGGAACACAAAUCGGAUUCGUACUAUUAUCCACAAUUAAUGGGUCAUACUUAACGAGAGAUGCAACAUAGAGAUUUAAUUACAAUGGAACUAGAAUCUGAAGGGCAAACGUCAGCCCCUCAAUCUCGAGGACGGACUAAUUCCAAACUAAAGGUCUUAGUGCGUAGUCACGCAAUGCGAGAGGAAGCAUCUCCUCCACGUGAUCCACCAGUCAUAUCUCCAUGCAUUCAACUAAUAGCGUCACCCAGUUCAUCCCCAGCCCAUUCACCUCCUCCACCUCUCACCAAACCCGUUGUAGUAUUAAGUCCUUCAAUAAGUAGGGGUAAUUCGCCAUCUCGCUCUCCCACAUCAACAUUAGUUGCUUCUCCGGUAUCUCGAUCCUCGCCGCAAAAUGUCUGUUCGUAUUUAUCCGAAAACACCGACGCUACCAAAUUUUGCACUCACCACGGAGAAUUUUUGGAAGAAGGUUGCGGUAGUAGUAGUCCGAAAAAUUACAGGCACAACGGCCAGGAGAAGGUCCACGUAUGCGAAGGUGGCCUUUCGUGUAAGGGCACCGACGAAGCUAGUCAUAGAAGAAAUAGGAAUACGUGUGAAUGCACAAAUCAAACAUGCACCAAAUGUUUGAAAAACCACGAUAGAAAUAUAAACAAUAACUUAAGUAGUAAUAUCAAUAAUAAUGUUGUCAGUAGUUCAAACACGUUAACUGUGAGUAGAGCUACCAGGGGAAAAUUGCGACAACAAAGUUCAUCACAGGGUAGCUUUGAGGGUAGUUCAUCAAAUUCACCGUGCUUAAGUAGAGAUAGCAGCUCUGAGCAGUACACUGACACCACUGGGGUAGAUCUGGAACAAUUUAUUGCAGAAACUUUGAAUCGAAAUGCGAAGGAUCGCGCUUUAAUGCUAAGAAUCGAACAGGAGCUAGUCAGUCUUGCCAAAGAUAAAAUAAAAAGUCAUUAUAAGUUUCCACCAAUGUCCAGUUAUCAACGUAUGUUAGUCCAUCGUUGCGCGGCAUACUUUGGUAUGGAUCACAAUAUCGAAUCGUCAGGGAAAUGUGUAGUGGUAAAUAAAACAAAGUGUACUAGGAUACCGGAUAUUGCAUUUAAAGAAUAUGUUAAAGAGGAUAUAGUAUUUGUGGAAGAACCGCGCAGAUCUAUACUUAAACGUGAUUCAAACAGUAUUGAAGAUUAUCAUUUCAAAUCACCCGAUAGGCAAUUUAGUUUAGAGAAUAGACGAAGCAAAAGUUUUGAGGAACGCGAGGAAGAAUACGAAAGAGCGAGGAGGCGAAUAUUUAAUCGAGAGAUGCAAGAGUUCAGCUCUGCCGAAGAAUUCGAGUGGUCAGAAAUUCCUUGGUCUAGUACAGAGAGUGACUGCUCGUCUCGAUUUCGACUGCUUCACACUGACAAAUCUGCCCCACGUUUGUUAAAAGUGCAGUCUGUUGAAACAAGUAGCGAUAUGCCACGUCCAUGCGUCGCUAAAAGUUACAGCUUUGGUGGAUAUGGUGGCGUUUCGGUGCUAACUAGAGGUGAUAGUGUUCUGUCGACGCACAGCGCUGGACCGAGAUUGCUUACAAAACAAGAUUCUGGAGCAAGUACUGUCUCUUGGCGUUUAAGUCCUUCAAGUUCUGGUUACAAAUCUCAAUCUCAAAUUUCGGAAUCUGUCACUCCAUCACCUACGUCCACACCAAAUCUUCCUGGAGACAGGCAGGAUUCAACUAAUAGCAACUCGAGUGCCGGCACAAAUGAAUUACUGACACCUAUCACCGAAAAGGGCCUUAAUGAAUCACAGCUGGUAUGGGCCGUUACAGACAUCCACAAUGUUCCAAAAGGCAGCAUUAUAAUAAAUCCUCAGACUGGGAAACCUGUGAAAAAUGUGGACGGAUCGAUUUACCAUUACGAUCCCCAAGAUCCACCUCCAGGUUUCCACGCAAACGGAGGAAGCUCAAGACCACCACAAUCACCGCACAAAACGUCACUGCCUCAAAAGUGUUCUAAGGAGUGUGUUACAUCACCUAAGAAACAAAGGUCAAGAUCCUCUCCUUCGCUUAAUAAAAAAAUCAAUGUAACCAAUAGCGCAACAAGCCCUAGUCUACCAUUUACCCCACCUUUGCAACACAGCAGAAGUAUGCAAUUGUCGUCAUCAAGCGAAAGUGUGCCUAACGUUCCGGUUCAACAAUAUCCUAUGUAUGGUAACAACUAUGCAAGUAUGCCUUCCACGGACUCCUCGCUACAAGUUUAUCAGCCGCCAUAUAUAGUCUACGCUUCAUACGGUGUUCCUGUACCUGCACAAUACGAUGGUCGCAUCGAUCCUCCGCAAAUGCCUGAAGUGUCUGGGGGCUAUUUCAUAACUGAUUCUGGGAAUUCGGCACCACAGUCCUUGUCAUACCCAUCCGCUUCUCCAUAUUGGCAUCAGCAAUCUGUAGUAUAUCCAAAUCCUCAGCAAUCUAACCAACCUCCACCACCUCAAAGAUUUGCUGUCCCCACCCACGCCCAACCCGGUUCUUAUUUACCUCCAAGCUUUUCUUCGGGCUACUGUCCUCCUCAACCUCCUCCGCUUCCCCCUCAAAAUCCUCAGAAUUCCGAAUUAGUACCCAUUUACUCUCACCAGCCGGUUCAAGUGGUAUAUUCCACACAACAACCGACCCCACCGAACCAAAUCGUUUAUCCAAGUCACAGCAUUAUGUACACCCAAUCCCCGGUUUAUUCCAACAUGAUGGUCCCAGUUCAGAGCGCCCCUUACCCGCAAAAUCCCCCGACACCAAGCAACUCCUCCACAGUUUACCCCGGACAGAUGCAUGAUCAGUGUAUUUCUUCGCAACAAAAUUUUAAUCAACUAACGCAUAGUAUUAAUCAGUUAAGCAUCGGUCAGCACAAUUCGAAUCAAAACAUGCCAAUGUCGCCGCACAUGAAUCAGGCAUCGUUCGACAUUAGAAAUAUGAAAAGUUGUGCACUUAAGGGCAAUAAAUUUAGCACUCCCAAGAAUUUCGUUUCAUGUUCAAGUCAAAGCAGUACUGGAACCAGUUCGCCCGCAACUACGGUCGUCGCCGGCUACUGCAGCAAUCCUACCACUGCCUCGUACCGAACGCCUCCCGAGACACCUCCCACGCAAAAUGCUGCUUUUGGAUAUGGUCCAAACUUUAUGCCACCUAUGGUUCUCAGACAGAUGAGUAAUGUCCGUGCUAGUCCACCUAUAAACAGAAGUAGUAGAUCUCCAACUCCGGCUAGUGAUAUUUCGCAUAUGGAUCGUCAAAGAUUUUCGUUACCUCCUUCAAUGUACCAAGGGAUGCCGCCUUACGUUAUACAAAAUGAUAAUAGAAUGAUACAAGCUCGAGGCCCACCAGUCGCUUGCAGACAGCAGGCUCCGAUACGACCUCAAAAUUUAGGCCAUCACACUGGCGAAAAUAAAACCCAUAAAAAUAGAAAGUCAAGGGGAAAUAAAAUGUCGGGUCUCCCUCCAAGCGGCAAGUAGGAUUCGAGAAAGUAUAAUUUUUGAGUUAUACAACGAUCUGUAUAAUUGAUAUUGUAAAUAAUGUUAAAAUCACUCGCAAGGUAAGAGGUUCCUUUAAUUUUUAGUUAUGUAAAAAUUUGGAAACGCAAAUAACAUAAUAAAUUAUCUGCCGGUAUUUAUUUGUUACAAUCUACUGUUAAUUAUUUUUAGAUUGUUUAUGCAUCUGAAUUAUAUCAAAGGCUCUACUUACAAUACAAUUUAUCAAUCUUUGUGACCAAAAGUCUAAAUAAUAAAAUGGUGAACUCUGAACUUCUUGAAAAAAGGGAUGAUAGUUUUUGAUGUCGCAGCAUACUACACGAAAUUAGUGUUUAUUACAUAGGUACGUCAAUAUAACUUCAAUUUUUUUCAAAAUACAGGAUGUUCCCUGCAUCUCUCUAUAUAUCAAUUUUUAAAACAUGAAAAUAAGUAUGUAUGGAACACAUCAGUUUAACUACAUUUUCAAGUUAUACCUUCUAAAAAAUUAGUUUUUAGUAAUGGGGGUCAUGUGAUGCAUCAUUUGAAAGCUUAUUCAAUUAUCUAAACAGGAGUUUGGUGAUAUUUAAAUUUUGUAGGAGCACGAUCACCCCAUCUGAGAGGAGUCCUCAUGAUUUCUUAGAAGGGUUCAGUUGAGAGAGUUCAUUGUGUUAAUUAUGGUUUGAAGAUCGCCUAUUUUAAUUUUGGUCAAAUGAACAUAAAAGGUUUGCCUUUGAUAUAAUUAUGUAUGUUCCAUUUUUUAAGCGAUGUAGAAUUGUAAACGCUAGCAUUUUAAAUUUGCUCAAAAUGGUUAUGUUUAUAAAUGUUAUAUAAAAUUCCGCACAAAUUUUAGUGACUACUUUUUAUACCGUCUGUAUACAAUUUUUAUAAAAAAAAGACGCUUUUUUAAUUUAUUGGAACGUUACGGAUAAUUUUAACCACAGAUUAGGAGAAUGGGGACAGUUUCAACAGAUUUUGGACCUUUGACAAAAGACAAUCUGAAGUGUAUUUGAAGGAGUUUACCAAUAAAAGGGUCCAUUUUUUUGGAUGUACACAUUUUGUUAAGCAAAACAAAAUAUGUUGAUCUAAAAGAAAAAAAAACUAUUAUUAAGAUGUUCUUAUGUGAUUAUGAUGGCAGUUUUACUGUAGUUUUGAAAUUACGUAAGUCUAAAAUGGCGUUAAUAAUUCUAAAUUUUAUCAAAUAAAUGUUUUGACUUAUGAUUUAUUUUACUGUGUGGAUGGAUAAAUUUAUCUGUUUAAGCAAAAUAAUGACUGUGUACCUCACCGUCUGUUAACAAUUCCCUCCAUUUCUGGAAAAUAUGUUGCGUAUCAAGAUUUUACAUGUAACACUUAAUUUUUCUAGAUUUUGGUGUCAAUUAAAAAAACUAGUUGUGAAUAUGUAAAAUCUUCAAAAAUGUUACUACAUGAGUGUACUUAUUCCUUUCUUAUUGGAAGUCUGAUAUUAUAAUAAAUGAAACUGAACGGUGCCAUAAUUGUAAACGUAAUUAGUCGAGAUACUUAGGUAGGGAUUAUAAAAAAAGUCUACCAGAUUUCCAAUAAAUUAUUUUCCUGAGCAAUUAAAAGAUGGAAUAUUUUAAAAAUAGUAUUAAUGUGUAGAAACAAAUAAAUAGCUAUUGUUAUUAUUCUUUCCAUAUACUUCAAAUAGAUUUCUUUCACUAAUAUCUGUACUUCAAUAUUUUUCUGUUCAGAUGUGCCUCAAACACUUGUAAAAAUG